CUUAAAUGGUUAUAGUGAGGUUGAUACACUAAAGUAGAAUGCACUUUGCAUUCUAUAAAGCACUUUCGAAGUCCUUAGAAUUAAUACUCUAAGUGAAUAAACAAUAACAGGAAACUUGGAUCCUGGCAUCUUGUGGGGGACCCUCUCCUAAAGCCAAAGUAAAUUAGUCCUUCCUGAAACUCCCACAGUGUCACCUACCACAGAAUCUUCCAACCCAGCUCAGCAGGAGUGCUAACGAGGUAAAUCCACCCAGGGAGUUUCUGGGUUAGCUCUGUACUUCACCUCUUUCCCUAACUCCCAGCUAAGUGGAGUUAUUUGAUCCCACGUACUCAAGGACCACUUAGUUCCUAGCUUGGUGCUGGCUGCAGGGGUUUAGCACGACUGUAAAUUACAUUGCUGCAGAGGCAUUGGCUUGAGAGGCACCUGAUGGACAGUUCUUCUAGCCAAUGGAAGGCCAUCUUUCUCGUGAGGCUGUGAUGUAAGAGCCAAUCAGGUGUGGGCUGGGGUUUAACUCUUUAAAAGUGAGUUCCCAAAAGGUGGGAGAGUUGCUAGUGAAAGUGCCACGUCUGCUUAGAUAGUGUCCUGAAUUUACCGGAGGCCAAAGUCCCUAAGCCCUUCAUGUACAUUUUUUAACUCUAUGAAGUCGGGAGCUCUUUCUCUUUUUCUGGGAACUUUCUUCCAGCCUCAGCAACAUGAGAGUUAUCUUGGGAAACGCGAUCGUGAUGCUGUUUGUUAACUCUCUGAGUGGGGCUCUGAUCCCUGAGCCAGAAGUAAAAAUUGAAGUUCUCCAGAAACCGUUCAUCUGCCAUCGCAAAACCAAAGGAGGGGAUUUGAUGUUGGUCCACUAUGAGGGCUACUUAGAACAGGACGGCUCUCUAUUUCACUCUACCCACAAACAUAACAAUGGCCAGCCCAUUUGGUUUACUCUGGGCAUCCUGGAGGCACUCAAAGGCUGGGACCAAGGCUUAAAGGGAAUGUGUGUAGGAGAGAAGAGAAAGCUCAUCAUUCCUCCAGCCCUGGGCUAUGGAAAAGAAGGAAAAGGCAAAAUCCCCCCAGAGAGCACACUGAUAUUCAACAUUGAUCUCCUGGAAAUUCGAAAUGGACCACGAUCCCAUGAGUCAUUCCAAGAAAUGGAUCUUGAUGAUGACUGGAAACUCUCAAAACAGGAGGUUAAAGUUUACUUAAAGAAAGAGUUUGAAAAGCAUGGUGCAGUGGUGAAUGAAAGUCAUCAUGAUGUUUUAGUGGAGGAUAUCUUUGAUAAAGAAGAUGAAGACAAAGAUGGAUUUAUAUCUGCCAGAGAAUUUACUUAUAAACAUGAUGAGUUAUAGCAGUAUAACUUCUGACUUUAUAUAGCAUUCAACUUUAAAGUGAAGGCAAUCUUCUUUAAAGAAAGGAUUAUGUUUUUAGCCAUGUUCUGUUCUUGCUUUGGUUUUUUAAUUUUUAUAUCAGUUUUCUGACUGUUAUUUAAAGAACUUCAUAAUGUUAUUAAAGUAUUCAUUUCUGUCUGGUAAGUUAUUGCGAACAAACAGGUUGUCUUUAGUAGAAGACUUCUGGAUAAUUUUCUAUUUUCAAAUAUGAAGUGUCAUUUGUUUCUUCUUUCCUUUCUUUUUCUUUUCUUUUUUUUUUUUUU